GGAGGAAAAUGACUUGCUGACCCCUUAUUUUGAAGCGUGGAACGUACAACAACAAUAACAAUACCACACAGCCGCGGACAGCAAAGAAUGCCGAUGCGUUGAUGGAGCUGCUCUGCACGCCCUUAACCUUUCUGCUGGGUUCUUAAAUGCGAAACAAAGGACGCGUAUGAGAAUGCCACCUCUUUCUUCUGGCAAAAAGGGCACGCGAUCGCGUUCGAAGCGGGCAGCUCGCGCGUUCACCGCGGCACUCCACACGGAAGCAGUUCACAGCAAUCCCUCUGCGAAAGAAAGUACCUACAUUGAUGAGGAGCACCCGACCGGGCCUUUUAUGCACGCAGAGAGCUGUGUACUCGUUUGUGGCUCCUUUCCUCCCGUCAAGAAGUCGGUCAAGUUCUACUACCCAAAUGCCAACAACGAUAUGUGGCGCGUACUGGGUGAGGUCUUCUUCCACGACCAGACUCACUUUUACACGGAUGUGGAAAUCAAAAAGCCCAGCAAGGGACGUAGAAAAGGAAGCGUACGUGUUGCGCGCUGUCUCAACGAGGCUGAGAUGCGCAACUUCGUCGUGUCGCAGCCCAUUGGCUUCUUCGACGUGUGCAAGCGGAUCCGCCGCCAACGUGGCAACUCCUCAGACAAUAACAUCGAAACGCUCGAGCGAACCGACGUGUUUCGCGACGCACUGACGCACACACCGCAUUGCGAGGCGAUCAUCACCACCGGCACACUGGCGUUGACGAUGCUUUUGGAUGCGUUACACACUUGCGGUUCCUUCGUGUCUGACAGUGGUGAAGUCGUCAAGGCCAUCGCGCGCAACAAGCUCGGCAAGGUGACAUACAGUAUUCCCCGUGUGGGAGGGAAGCUGCGGUGGGCGCCGAACACGACGGCACCUUAUCACAGAGCGCUGUGGAUCUACCGUGCUCCCUCCACCUCACGAGCCUUACCUCUCAAGCUAGCGGACAAGAUAGCUCUCUACCGAACCAUGUUCGCGGCGCACCUGCACCUUGCGUAG